CUGAGAAGCUGAGCAAGGAAGCAGCAUGUUGCCAGUAAAGGAUCCGUAGUAGUUGCAGCAGGAGGAUACAGGGCAGUGACCGGUGUCUCAUUUCAAAAGUAAAGACUUCAGUGAUAACAGUCGAUUAGGAAAUAGCAUAUUGUGAAGGGAGUCUGAAUAAAGCUGUAUCACAUAGUAAUCUACUCCAGCGUUCUCAGAGAUGGACUAUCUUGCCUGCCUUAUUGUUGUUCUCCAGUUAUCUGAAACCACAGGGGAAGGAAGAUUUGUGGAUGCAACUGUAAAACUCACCAAUAAUAUGAAUCUGGAAUGCGUCUAUCCAAAGACAGAUGGCAUGACCCAGAUGUCCUGGGUUAAGAGUAUUACAACUGGCAAAGAAACCAUUGCUGUCUCCCACCCAUUAUACGGUGUGCAUAUUGAAGACAAAUAUAAGGACAGAGUUCGUUUUAUAAAUACUUCCUCAAGAGACAAGUCCCUAAACUUCAUGAAGACCACUGAAGCUGACAUGGGCUUUUAUUUAUGCUCCAUAACUUUCCCAGAUGGAGUCUGGGAAAAGGUGGUAGAGGUUAUCCAAUCCGAUUCUUUUGAGGUAUCUGUGCCACCAACCAACCACACGAUUAUUGAACCCGGGGGAAAUGUGACACUUAGAUGUCCUUACAGUGUUGGAAGUUUGGUGCAGCAAGUGAUGUGGGAAAGGAUUAAAGCGGAUCGGAUGGAUACCAUAGUCCUGUGUAACUUGUCAGAAGGGAAAACCUAUGGUUCAGAUUACCAGGAGCGUGCAAUGAUAGACUGUGCUACUCAGGAGAGCGACAUUCUUGUCAUUCAAAAUGUUACAUCUUCUGACUCUGGAAUUUACCGCUGUCGUUACGGUGGAAACAAAACCCAUGUGAUGAGCUUGACUGUCACUAGCGAAAUCACACCGUGUACUUCUAGUCAAAAUCAGGAGGAGUACAAGCAAACAACUUUGGAUCAUCACUGGCAUAUUUUGCUCAUUGCUGGAGGGGCUGCUGCCUCAUUAUUACUACUGGUCACCAUACUGAUCAUCAGCAUCACCGCUGUUUAUCGUAAAAAAAAGAAAAGGAGAAGGAUCAUGAAGGUCCUGUCGAAAGCCCUGUAUUCUACUCAAACCCGGCCCAGUAACAGUUAUGGAAGAUCCAACUUUUGUGGUGCACAAAACAACAGAAGAGGAGUAGCAUCAGUAUCUGGGGCGAUGGACGAGAUUUAUAUCAACUACAGAGACUUCUCACGCAAACCUAAGACAAGAGCAUGAGUUUCCUUCUCGUGUCUGAAUAAAGUAACCAACGUAGAAGUACAGGCUUUGGAGCAUAGGCUUUAUUUUCUUUGUACCAGACGGACCUUUAUUUGUUUUAGUCUCCAUCAGCUAAGUGACUUUGAUUUAUCAGUGCAGCAAGAGAUUAUUUGUUUGUCUAUAAUUUACAUCUUCUGAGACUUUAUCUACAUUUUAAACAAUCAUUUUGGCAGGGAGGGAGGGAAUAAAUGAAGAGGCCAAAUUCAGAGCUGGUGUACCUCCCGUGGCACUGGAACUGCAUCUGCCUACACCAGGUCUGAAUUUCAUCCUGAAAGUUUAUAUGAACGAGUGAAGCAGAGGGAAAAUGUGUUAUUUUCUGUCUAGAUCCAGGUAUUUAACAUCUGCAGUGGCACUUUAUAUUGGGUGCUUUAUAGCGUGGCAGCAGAAUGAAACUGUUUUUGCCCACUGGUAACAUAAUACCUGCAUGUGAAGUGACAAGAUCAAAUACAUCAGGUUUCCUCUUGCCCAGAAUAAGAAGGGUUCAUGGAGCUCACCAUCCCUCCCUCUCAAUGGUCACACAAGAUGCUCUAGCAGUCACUCAGGUCCUUAUGGUUGAGAAAAAGAAAGAAAUCUGGCCCUGAGGCACAGCAACACACUCAAGUGAAAACAAAACACAAAGACACAGUCACUGACAAGUUAUAUUUAAUAAUAAUUUAUUAUAAGGUUUGGUUGCACAAAAAAUAAAUGAGAACAGGAGGAUACAGGAAUAAAUGAGGCAAAGCAGAAGAAAAAAGCAUGAUUAAGAACACUUACAAAAUGAUAUGUAUACAUACACAUACAUAUAUGUGUAUAUAUUUUGCAGGAACCUGCAGAAGAAAAUGCACAAUAAUAGAAAGAAACAAACAAACAAAACCAGAAGGCAGACCUGAGAAUUAGGGUCUACACAUCCUGUUGGCCCUUUACACAAGUGCUUUUAGUGGAAUGUCUCUAGGCGUGCGCAGGACAGUCACUUUAACAUGAAGGAGGAAUCCAGGUAAGUGAGUGCUAUCAUGAAGACUAAUAGUCACAUACAGCUGCAUACUAUAGUGCCUCAACAUACCGUAUACUGUAUGUCGGGCUAAUUAGUCAUGUCUGCUUGGCCUGGUGCUCCCUUUCUCUUUAAACAUUAGUGAAAGUGGUAUUGAACUUGAAUAUUUCUGGAAAGGGGAAAAAAGUUAACGUCAUUCUGCCUAAGCAUUAGUUACCAGUUCCAUUGAGUUUGGCAGGGAAAGAGCAUUGACAGCAGCCUGAAAGCUAAAAGCACAUUAUAGUUAGCCUCUUCCGACAGAAGGCUGUUUUCAUGUGAAUAAGAAAACAGUGGGCUAGAUUCUUCUGGUCAUUAUGUGGACAUGGGUGUCCCAAGCUACUGGGGAGGAUCACAGCAUUGUGCAGCUAGCCUACACUUCAGCUAAAUUGAAGUGUUGUAAGACUAAAAAUUCCUUCAAACCUAGCAUUGAAGAGUUUCAUUGUUUACCAUGUCAAACACCAUUAGAAAACAUCUCUCUCUUUUUUUUUUGGAUCUGUGUACUACUCAACAAAUACCUAUACACAUCAUAAGGGGUACUUUUAUUUUUUUCCACUGACUGAAGGAUUUAGGAAAUGUUAGCACAUGAACGAUGAAAUUGCAUCAUAUUGAUGAGGAUACGCAGAAAUGUACUAUUAAUAAGUUGGGUUGGGUUUUUUUUACCUGAGUUAUCACGUCAUACCAGAUCAUUGCAAAUUGUGCACAGUAUUACAAGUAGAACCCUGUAUCAGCGGCCUUUUCUCUAACCUAGAUCUGGUGAUCCCAUUUAUAGUCAAAUGCCAAGCUGUUAAAUCUAGUGGAAUUCAUUAUAUUAUGUUUCCCCGUCAGAGCUCCGGAUGCCUCAAGAUAUAACAAUCACAAAGUCGGUAGUGCCCCCCUGUUUUUUUAGAGCAGAGUUUUCGCUCGUAGUGCAUCCAUACUAGUCUAAAGAGUUGUUUUUACUGAGGGUGAAAAGAUGGGGAUUUUUUUUAACCUGAAUAGCUAUAGGAUCAGUUUAUUUUGGUUUGUUUCUGGUAAGUGUCCUUGAUAGUUCCUUGACAUGGUAGCUGAGGCCAUUAUAACAUUUCUGUGUACAUUUGUUUUUCAAAAUAAUUGAACAUUUUCCAGAUUUUAGGGGAAAAAAAUCUAUACUGCACAUCUUGGCAUUUUGUUUAAUCUAUUUUAAUUCAAAUUCCAUAGAUGUUUUGCUUCUAUGAAGACCGUAUACAGGGAAACUUGUGUCAACACAUGACACAUAGCAUAAUAAAAGUAAUAUAUUAAUCCUUUCCAAUAAACAGACCAAGCAACAGCUUAAUUUUGUACCAUUAUCGUAAAGCUAUAUCAGUGAACAGCAGCUGAACCCCAGAUGACACUAUUAAAAAUACAACCUUGUCAAUAUCCUAAACUGGCAGCAAAAUCAGUAAGUUACAAAAAUCUCUUAAGACUAAAGAGCCUGG